ACAGUCUGCGGCACGGAGCAAGUUUCGAACACUGCCAGGUACAGUCCAGGCUACAGUCUGAGGAUGACAACCGUGGUGCGGCCAUCUCUCCUGACAGUGCUGUUGGUUCUGCCGGUCUGCACGGCGGGCUUUCUCUUCGCAGAGACCCUGCAGUCACCGAGCACCCUCCCGCCCUGGCGCUUACGUGGGCUCAUACAAUGUCUGAAGGGAUCAUCCCCCAUCGGGUGCGACGUCUUCGCCUGUCUUGAACAGACGUGUGAAGCAGGAGGCAUGCACAGACUCUGCAAGCGCCUUCUGGACAACGGACACAGCUUCAACACACAGGGCCAAGUGUUCCUGAAAGCGGCGCUACCGUGUAUUGCGCGAACCUUGACCGGUGACUUGGGGCUGCUGUCCGGGUCGUGUGUGGAGCUGCAGGAGCUGGUCAUCAUGGCGGAGUCUCACUGCCUGGAGGAGCACGGCAUCUGUGAUGUGGCUGCCAACAACACCCAAGCCAUCAAGGCCAUCAUGCCAGUACAGGAGCUGCUCCGGAACAGACCCACCUAUGAGCUGAUCCGGUCCAUCAUGGAGUGUGAUGAGGACGUGCGCGCGGAGUUCCGGCCCGACCUGACGGCAGCGGUGGGAGAAGCCGUCCUGUCCGUCAUGAACAAGCUGGGCCUGGGGUGCUGGUACUCCAUGUACGGUUAACAACUUCUCCGUGUACGGUUAACGACUUUCUUUUCCUUGUACGGUUAACGACUUCUCCGUUCACGGUUAACAACUUCUCCAUGUACGGUUAACAACUUCUACGUGUACGGUUAACAACUUCUCCAUGUACGGUUAACAACUUCUCCAUGUACGGUUAACAACAAUAAUGUGAUGGUUAUCUAUGUACGGUUAACAACAACAAUGUGAUGGUUCUCUAUGUACGGUUAACAUGUUCGGUUAACAAAAACAUAAAAAGGCGGUUAACAACGUGUCAGUUCUGCAUGUACGGUUAACAACUUCUCCGUGUACGGUUAACAACAACAGAAUGCUGGAUGGAGUCUAGAUCUAAAGGCACUUCAUAUUCGUUUCAUCAGUUCCAGUUGUAGUUACCUGUGUUAGCGGCAGCCAUUUUGUAGCCUUGUGUGGCUUUCCCCAUAGGUGACCCAGUGUGUAGGCGUAAAUAAGGAGGCUAUUGAUGUAUUGUUGGCUCAAUUUCGA